GUUAGGGCUGUAUGGUUGCGCACGUGUACCGUCGAGCGGAAACCGUGCAGUUGUUUGCUGGUUAGUAGCGGAGAGGGCGCAUUCAGGCGUGUUGCACAAAGUGAACGAGUGUAGGUUGUGUGUUACAUUUCUCUGUGCGUUAACACUUUCGUAGCUUCUGCGAAAAAUGGGUCAAAUGGAGGACUUAAAAAAGUCCAAAUUAAGUGCUUCUGUAUGCCAGUCGAUAAUGUGAGUUUUGCGAAAUGGGAGUUCCAGCAACAGUGAAGACUUCGACACUAGUCACUUGUUAACAAGGGACACAACGCGUGGUGAUUGCUCUUGUGUGUGAGUGUGAGGAAGUCAACGGCGAUAGACAGGGACGGAAAAAUGGGAAGCCGCAUUCGUCAUGCUGUUAGACACAGGUGGAACCCCUUGCAGCCACAAUGCUUCUCCUUGCUGUGGGCUUUGUUCCUAGUCUUCUGCAGUGUCCUGCACACAGCCCGCACCCAAAGUGGGUAUAUUUCCUUCUACACCGACGACGAUCUCGAAGGAGACGAAGCAGAUGUCCAGCAGAACGAACUGAACAGUCUGUCAGAAAACAAUGGACCGUGUGCUGACUAUAAACCUGGGGAAGACGAUCUCCAGGCAUUUGAUUUCAUACGCAAGUUUCGAUUGGAUGUCCUAGAGACUCAGUAUCCAGGAGUCACAAGAGUCAGAGGAUCAAACCGAAUGCAGACAGCUUAUCGACUAGACAGAGAUGCUGACCUUACACUACCAACAAGGGAUGUCUUCCCCUUGGGCCUGCCUGAAGAGUUCUCAUUCAUCUCAACAUUCCGGACUCGAAAAUUAGCAAAGAGUCCAUGGCAUAUCAUUAGAAUAUCUGACAUUCAGAACAAAGCCCAGUUCCUCAUCACACUGAAUCCAAGGAAGGAAACAAUCGAAUUUUCCAUAACGGAUUUUGAAGGGAGACUCCAGACAGUGGUCUUCAGUCAGGCACCAGUAUUUGACAAGAACUGGCACAAGCUGCACUUCGGGGUGCACAGAGACCAAGUGGUGCUGUAUGUAGACUGUGAACAUACGACAACAGAGAGGCUGGAACCACGUGGCCCUAUUGAUGUUAACGGCGACAUAACUAUCUCCAAACUUGCUGGAAGUCGUAAUACUGUGCCUGUCUCACAACUUAUUGACCUCCAGUGGAUGGUGCUGAGUUGUGACCCAACACGCCCGGAAAGGGAAAGCUGUGAUGAACUGCCUAGAAGCAGACCAUUACCAGCUACUCCAUCUUGUGAGGUGAUAUGUCCCCAAGGACCACCUGGCUUUAAUGGUACUGAUGGUUUGCCGGGUUUGAUUGGACCCCUCGGACCUAUCGGCGAGCCGGGAAUACCGGGUUUUCCCGGCCAGAAGGGAGCUACUGGACCUCCCGGCCGCCCUGGCACACCAGGCCCGCAAGGAUUACCAGGACCUAGAGGUCUGACAGGAACUUCAGGGGUCAGUGGGCCCCCUGGGGUUAUGGGACCGCCUGGUGCUAAAGGAGAUCGGGGAGAAUCUGGUUUACCUGGAUUGAAAGGUGAACGUGGUGAAGAAGGUCAGUCUGGACUUCCUGGUGUUCCAGGACCACCUGGUCCACGUGGGUCUCCAGGUGAAAGUGCUGGUGUAGGUGUGAGUGUGCCAGGUCCACCUGGACAACCAGGACCUGUUGGACCACCAGGCUUACCAGGAGUUCCCGGACCAGAAGGACCUCCAGGCCGGAGAGGAGUGGCUGGGGAGUCUGGUCCCACAGGGUUACCAGGUCGAGAUGGCAGUACUGGAGAGAGAGGAUUCAAAGGAGAGAAAGGGGACCCUGGACUUCCAGGAAGUAGGGGCCUGCCAGGUCUUUCAGGUUCACCAGGUCCUCCAGGUGUUCCUGGUGCUCAAGUGGAAGGUGAGGCUGGUCCAGGGCCUGCUGGACCACCUGGACCUCCAGGAGAAGCUGGAAUAAUCGGUACUCCAGGACCAAAGGGGAGUAAAGGGUCACAAGGUGACCAAGGAGAGAGUGGUAUCAAGGGAGAUAAAGGUGACCGUGGUUUAACAGGGCUGCCUGGAAUAGAUGGUGAAAGAGGUCCGCCAGGACGAGAUGGUUCACCUGGACCUCCUGGCCAGAAGGGAGAGCAGGGAUUUCCAGGUCCCAUUGGACUUCAAGGGCAAUCUGGGCUUGUUGGAUUGCCAGGUCCAGCUGGAUCUCCUGGAAGUCCUGGAGGUCCUGGCCAGAAGGGAGAGCCAGGAGCUUCAGGACAGCCUGGACUGCCUGGAACUGCAGCUGCUGCUGGGGACCCUGGACCUAUUGGAGCCCCUGGACCUCCUGGCCCUCAAGGUGAAGAUGGAGACAAGGGUGCCAAGGGUGAUCGUGGUGGACCAGGGCUCCCUGGCCUGCCUGGUGCAACUGGACCUCCAGGCAGAGAAGGUUUACAGGGCGAAGAGGGAGAACAGGGACCUCCAGGUCCAAAGGGUGAGCCUGGCCCACGAGGACCAGAAGGACCAGAGGGCCAGAUAGGCAGCCCUGGAGCAACUGGACUCAUUGGUUUGCCUGGUGUGAAGGGAGAUAAAGGAGAAAGUGGAGAGCAGGGACCCAUAGGACCCAGGGGCUUACCAGGAUCCAUGGGUGUUCCUGGUACUCCUGGUUCCCCUGGACCACCUGGUCUCCCAGGUUUUCAAGGCCUUGCUGGUCCACCUGGUCCCCCAGGCCCUCCUGGACCUCCUGGCGCUGAUAGCAGUUAUAUCCCCAACACAAUCACGGCACUGGAUGGAAAUGGAUUGCCUGGUGCAACAGGACCAAGAGGGCCACCUGGACCCCCUGGACUGCCAGGAGAAAGAGGGGCAGCAGGAGAAAGAGGACCUGAAGGAAUGCCAGGUAAUAUGGGGAUUCCUGGUAAAGAUGGAGCACCAGGAUUGCCAGGUCCACCAGGACAGAGGGGACAAUCAGGAAUUCAUGGUCUUCCAGGGCCACCAGGACGCAGCUUUACAGAAUCUGAACUCAGGGACAUAUGCGCAGCAGUUCUUCGAGACCAGAUGAGUGAGUUGGCAGCAACAUUAGUUGGGCCCCCUGGUCCCCCUGGAAGAAGCAAGCCUGGCCGACCAGGGCCACCAGGACCUCAGGGAUCUUCAGGUGAUCCUGGACCACCUGGACUGCAAGGUGAGAGAGGCUUCACAGGGCUGCCUGGUGUGCCAGGACCCCCUGGUCAUUCUGGUGCACCAGGAGAACGGGGUGAUAAAGGGGAUAGGGGACCAGAAGGAAUCGGCAUUGAGGGGCCUAUGGGACCACGAGGAUUACCAGGACCACCUGGACCAGAUGGAGUUGGACUUCCUGGUAGAGAAGGAGAAAGAGGAGAGACUGGAAGACCAGGACUACCUGGUCUUCGUGGGGCCCCAGGUCCUCAAGGACCUCCUGGGUUCUGUGAAUUCUGUAACUAUGCAGGCACCAACUACCUGCAGGCGGUAGCUACACGUUCAGGUGGCAGCUCCAAGGGACCAUGAUGAGUUAACAUCAGUUUCUUAAUUUUUAUGAUAAGCAGGGGAGAUUACGUUAAGCUCUGUACAGCUGAGGUUCUCAACUUCACCGAAAAUGCAGUCAAGACAGAAAAUGAAUAUCUGGACAAAAUUAUUUCUCUUGUAGGAACAGACUAGUCAUCAUUUAAUAAAUGCAUCACAUGAAACCAGUUCUUCUGCCCAUAUUUAUAAAGAAAUGCUUAAAAUUUCUCAGCAGGCCAAUACAAUCAGAAUUACAGAUACAUAAUGUAAUGCAGGAUAUUAUGAAAACAUGGACAGUUCUUCAGUGCACACUAAAAUAAAAAGUCAUUGUCAUGAACAGAUGUUUCUAAAUUUGUGGUGUAUUUAACAAUGUUAUGGUAACUGCAGACAUUAUUUAGUGCUGAAUGAGGUUAAAGGACAAUAUGUGUCAUGAAUUGGAAAGGAAAGGAUAGCGCAUGGUUAUGCAGUACUAUAAAGCCUUACCUAUUCCAGCAGCCAUUUACAGUAACUGAGAAACCUGAUGGUUGAAACUCCUGUUUGAAACGUCCAUACUCUAAAUGAAAUUUGAACCAAGAGACAAAUUAUCAUUGCCCCAGCCUCUUUAGUGACAACUGUAACUUUGGUAGGAUUAUUUUACAUUCAGUUCUACUGUUAGCCUGUGAUCUUAUUCCUAACAGCUGAAAAUGCAUAAAACAUUUAGCAUCUCGUGCACAAAGAUAACUUUUUUUUUUCAGACAUCUUUUUGCUGUGUAGUUUUCUUCUGGUUCUUCCCAGUAUGCCAUGUUUUAAAUAUGUAUUACUAGAUGUUGACAACCAACUGUACAUCUGCUGCAGUAAUGCACCUCUCUGAAUAGAUGUUCCCUAAUUAAAAAAAGAACUGCCUGCAGUGGAACUCCCAUUUAAUGUUCCUCAGUUUAAGGUUGCCCCUCAUGUAAUAUUUAAUAUCGGCAAUCACAUCUCUUAAAUUUCCUCCAUCUAAGAUUUUCUUCAGUUUAGUUUUCAUAUCCACUGAUCCCAGUGAUACCUUAAAUGGGGGUUUCACUCUGUUUAUAACAGUGAGGGCUUAAAUUAAAAAUAAGUAUCUCUUAGUAAGUGCUCAAAACAUGGUUAGGUGUUUUACAUAACAGAAAUAUAAGUAAAGUGCAAAAUACUGAAUGUCACCGUUGAACAAGUACCAUGCUACACAGCUCAGGCUGUUAGUUGCUGGCUUCCCACUGUGGUGGCCUGGGUUCAACCGCAGGCUAGUUUGUGAGAUCCACGGUGGACAAAGUGGCACUGGGGUAGGAUUUCUCUAAGUACUUUGGUUUCCCCUACCAAUUUUCAUUCC